GACACUUACAAAUUUAGCGGACAAUGGCAGGGAACAAUGAGAGUGACAGGCAUGGCUACAGUAUAAAAGAGGCCUGAGCGUUCUCAAGCAUUACUGUAUGUCCCGGUAUGAGAGGAGUGUGUGAGAGAGUGUGUUUCAGUGUGCGGAGGCCGGACUUGGACUAAUCUCUGACCUCAUAAGCUACAAAAAUGAACCUGACUACACCCUGUCACCUCUCACUGCUCCUCCUGCUUGUCGUGAACCUAACAGGUGUGUAUGGGAGCAGAAUCAUCGGGGGUGCAGAGGUUUACCCCUACUCCAUCAGAUAUCAGGCCUCCCUCCUGUUCUUCAACUCCCACUUCUGCGGAGGCACCCUCAUCCACCCACAGUGGGUGGUGUCUGCUGCCCACUGCUGGAGGCCGAAACACAUGAUCCAAGUGGUCCUGAGUGAGCACAUCAUCCAAAAUGUGGAGGGCUUUGAGCAGAUUUUCAAUGUCUCUUUAGUCGUCAGGCACUACCAGUACCAACACUGGACGUUUGACAAUGACAUCAUGCUGCUUAAGUUGGACCGGCCAGCUAUCCUCAACACCAGGGUCGAGCCAGCCGCUUUGCCAGAUCCGAGGUCACCCCCGAUGGCCAACGGUGCCCGGUGCACAGUCAGCGGCUGGGGCGUGACCUGGCUCAACAGCUACAGCCUGUCGCCUGUGCUGAGGUCUGUGGACGUGGACAUCUUCUCCAACUGCUGGUACUACUACUACUUCAGGGUCACCGAUAACAUGAUCUGUGCUGGCUCGUACUUUGGUGGGAAAGACUCCUGUCAGGGCGACUCGGGAGGACCUCUGGUCUGUGACGGUAAAUUUGAGGGUAUCGUAUCUUGGGGAAUUGGCUGUGCCUAUUCCUACUACCCUGGUGUCUACACCAAGGUCAGAAACUACCUCGGAUGGAUCAACUGGGUCGUCCAGAACAGCUGAAGAGACUCUCAAUAACAAGCUGAUCUAAGACUCUCAGUGUGAUGAUGAUUUGAAUGGAUCCCAAUGAACUCAAAGGCCCUAAUGGAUGCUUUUGUUGUAGUUGUAGUUGUUGUUGUUGUUAUUGUCUUCAAUACAUUACUUUUAUAUAAACAUGAAUAUAUUUGCUAAAAAAGAAAUUAUUUGUAAUGUAUGUCCCAUGAGUGUGUAUACUCAUUAAAACACAGAUACAGAUUUUAAUCCACACCAAUUUCAGGGAUCAUUUAGGCGUUUGAUACCUCCACAUCACUACUGACUUGGGGCUCGAAGAGAGAACUGGACUCAACAAUAAAGACACCUAUUUUCACAAA